CUCGAGCAAUAUGAAUAUAUAUUGGUAGACUAUCUGACGAAAUUCUAACAUGAGGAAAGAAAGGAAAGAGGCAGGCCUGCCAGCGACGAGCUAUCUAGUGUGCGCGAGGGGUUUAAGCGAUGCUCAGUGAAUGUUCUACACCAAACAGGCCAAAAUAAUCAAACAUGCUGUGCAGCUCGCUAGUGUCCAUGCUCCGUGACAGUUGGGACAAUACCAGGAUUGACCUCAUAUCUUCUGAUGUUGGUAGGUUAACAGACAAACCAACGAUUCCGAGUGGCGCUUGUGACAAAACAAACCUAGUAAGCUGUAGUGCUCGGGGUGACCAAGGAGCAGUGAGCUGUCAUAGCUCUCCCUUUCUUGUUUCUCUCACACACCCCCCCGUUUCCGUUUCCACCCCCCGCUGCUUGAAUAAUUCCAUCCAGCACCUUAGGAUCGAUGACCGGAACCGCCGCACGAUCCCAGCUAGAUAUGACCAUGUCGUUUUAGUUCGGAAUCUGUUUGGUAUUGAUCAUGGUGCUAUAAACCACCCCAACCUUGCCCCUUUCGGGCUCGGAUUAUCAGCAAUAAUCCGCAACCCUAAUUCAAAGCAUUGGAUCGCGGUUGGUGUAGUUGGUUGGAGCAUACGGAACUCUCAAAUCGGUUGUAUCAACCAUAUGCAUUGUGAUGCUCGAUAAAUUAUAUAUAAUUGUUGACCCCUGCAGCAAAUAACUCGGAUACAUGAUUUCUUAUUCACGCUGCCGCUGACUGGGUAACUCGGCACAAUAAUCCACUGGAUCCGAGCCCGGCAUUUCUUUUGGCGAUGCCGAACCCGGUUGAAGCUGUUCCUGCUGUUGCAUAG